CAAAACUAAAAAAGAGCGUCAAGAUUGGGCGAAAGAGCAUCUUCACUGGGUGACCAAAGUAUGGAAGAAUGUUCUUUGGUCAGAUAAAAAGUAUUUUUGUUUAAUUCGUCCUAAUCUACACCAGUACGUAUGGAGAAUACCACACGAAGAGUUUGAUAAUGAUUGCCUUGUUCCGGCAAUUAAAUCUAAAGGGUCGUUAUGCCAUUUCCAAGUUUCAGGACCAAUACCUCAACGAUAA